AUGGAUGAAAAGAACCACGUUCCUCAGCCUGAGACGCACCCGCGUGUUCCACCGUCAGGGUCAAAUGCUCCACAGCCUAGGUGUAAUACUCCACCCACGCCGCCGUCCACUCCUACGAUAGUAACUUUCGAGGAUUGCCCAAAGAAGAACCCGUACAAAUGGCCCUUCUCGAAAAAGGUCUAUGUCCUUGUAUUCACAUUACUAUCGGUCAUGAAUAGCGGUGUCGCCUCGUCGCUCCCAAGCAAUGCUGUGCCUUAUAUCAUAGAUGAUUUCAAGCUGCAGAAUACAAACGAGAGCAGUCUACCAACUGGCAUUUUUCUGUUGGGAUAUGUUGUCGGGCCUUUAAUAUGGAGCCCCCUAAGUGAAACCAUCGGACGACGUCCUGUCCUGCUGUAUACGUUCAUAUUCUUUUUUCUAUUCACCCUUGCAUGCGCCCUUGCCCCUAAUUGGUCGUCACUUUUAUUCUUUCGUUUCAUGUGCGGGAGCAUGGGUGCGGCUCCGCAGACUGUUAUCGGAGGCUCUUAUGCAGAUAUAUUCGAGGCUAAAGCAAGGGGGAGAGCAAUGGCGUUUUAUAUGGCCGUAGCGAGCUUUGGGCCUAUCAUAGGGCCCAUUAUAUCUGGUUUCGCAUCCGAGCAUGGCUGGAGAUGGAGUUUCUGGGCGGAUUUGAUAUGCGCUGGCGUCACCCUGGUUGGAUUGAUCUUCUUGCCAGAAACAUUCGGCCCGGCCAUCUUGAAGCGUCACGCUGCAGAAUUGAGCAAAAUAUCUGGCAGGGAGAUGUCGGCCCCCGUAUCGAAGUUCGAUAAAGACCUCAAAACCAUCUUCCUCCGGCCGAUGUAUAUGUUGAUCUUUGAGCCAAUCAUAUUGUUCACGUCGCUAUACGUCGGCAUAGUCUAUGCUCUUGUAUUUUUCUACUUCCAGGCCUACCCGAUCAUCUUCCCCGAGGUCUACGGCUUUACCAUCCAAACAGCCUCUCUCACGUUCCUUCCACUUGGAAUCGGCGCGGCCUCGACUGCCCUCGUUGCCAUAACCUGGGACUCCAAGUAUUCGUCCGCCCUACUCCGCAGUAAACGCAAAAUCUGGUUCUUCCCCCUAUCCUUCAGUCCCGAAACGCACCGUCUACCAAUAUCCUGUGUUGGGAGCAUCGCAACAACAAUCUCGCUCUUCUGGCUUGCCUGGACCGCCAAUCCAACAAUCCACUGGAUUGUUCCUGUGCUCUCAGGAUUCUUCUUUGGCUUUGGAUACCAGUCCAUCUUUACCUCGCUGCUGAUCUAUGUGACUGACGCGUACAAAAUAUACUCAGCAAGCGCACUGGCCAGUUCAGUGAUUGUGCGCAGCAUGCUCGGCGCUGCAUUGCCGGUCGCUGCCAAGCCGAUGUACGCAGCUCUGGGUGUGGGCUGGGCAACCUCUCUCGUGGGAUUCGUGAGUCUGGCCUGUGUACCGAUACCGUAUGUACUGCUUUGGAAGGGUGGGUUAGUGAGAGAAAGGAGUCGGUUCUGUCAGAUGCUUGUCAAGGACGAGAUUGAGGAGAGACAAAGUAGGAUUACGGACGAGGAUGCGAGGGCAUCUGUGGAGUGUUAG